AUGCUUCUAUCUACAAUAACAGUGCUUUUUGUUGUCUCGCCUUUUAGUCUCGCUGCUUCAACCACAUGUACAACAUCGAACGCAAUUUCUUGGGCUGAAAGUGGUAGCACAACCGGAGGAACAACAAACGGCUCUUCAGGCACAUCUUCUUCAGAUCCUUGUGCCGAAUAUGCAAACAAUCCAAAAGCUUUACAGGUAUGCUAUGAGAUGCAAAGCCAAGGUGAAUGCAAUGCUGUAGGAGGAUCUGCUUGCGGCGGCGACGACGACGACGACGAUGACGACGAUGAUUUGAUUUUAAGGACGCGUGAUACUCUCUCUUGUUAUAGCGAUGAGACAUGCUACGAAUAUACCGAUGGAUCAUUGUUCUGUUUGAAUGAAGAGACUGGGGAAUAUGCAGAUGACGUAGGGGGCUCUGGAAAUGUCUAUACUGGCGUUUAUACAGGGCCAGAUGGAUCGCAAACAACAGUCGAGGGUGCAUCCGCAACAGCCGCAACAUCAUCAAAUACUAGAAGUUCUAGUAGCAGCGCGACGGAUUCAGACACAAGAACGACCUCUAGUGCUGCCACAGCUACGUCUUCCCCAAGUUCCUCAGGCUCGAGGCCUGUCGGAGCCACUGGAUCUGUUACUAGUUCCACAACCGCUACUGCACCAACUGCAAACUCGGGUAUUGGGAAAGUCAGGCCUGGGUCUGCCAUGGGAGUUUUGGGCUUGAUCGUAGCAUUGGUUUAG